UUUGGAACUGCUCUCGCGGCAGUUCAGACCUCGUGCUCGUCCCCCUCGCCUGUCUGUGUGUGGUAUCCGCAGGUCCGGGGCACUUUUUUGGGUGUGUGUGUGUGUUUGGGGUGUGUGUUUGGGGGGUUUGUCGGGGCGCGGAGAGGAGAGCCGGGCCGAGGGGAAGGAAGAGAGCUCCCCGGUCUCGGGCUGCGCUCUCCAGCCUGUGCGCUCCGAGGCGGCGGCGGCGGCGGCGGCGGCGCCGAGCGCUCCUCGCUGAGGACGCGGCGCUGGAGCUGGGAACAGCGAGGACCCCUUUGCGGAGGCUUCCUGUGCCCGCUGGAGUUAAGAUGCCAAGGCGGCUGAUUUGCACCUACUGAGCCUGGAGUUUCCUCCUCUGCUCUGGGAAGGGCUUGCGGCGGCGGCGGCGGCGGCGGCGGCGGCGGCAGUAGCAGACGGAACAGCAGGCUCUCCUCUCCGAGGGGGGGCGUCGAAGCGCCCGCGCCCGGCUCCCGCCCUCACCCUCCGGCGCUCCUGCGGCCCCCAGCCGCCACCUCGGUGCUUGGCUCCUUCCUCUUCUCCCGGAGCGCCGCCCUUGGGAUCGGACUCGCGCGCUCCGGAUGCUGGGGCUGCCUCGACGCGCCCCCCUCCCGGCGCGAGGCGCUGAGUGAUCCGGAGGGGGCCCGCAGUCGCCCCAGGAGGGGACCCCGGCCUCGGGACCCCGCGCCGGAGCCACCGGGGAGACGACGAUGUCCGCGCAGCCCCGGGCUCUGACGCGCUCCCCGCAGUGGGGGGAAGGCGGCCGGCCGCAGCCCGCCGAGCCCUAGGCGCACAAAGCCCGCGCCCGCCGCCCGGCCUCGGCGCCGGCCGACGACUUUGCCGCCUGCUCCGCAGCUCUUUGUCUCCACUUGGGGCGGGCGCCCGACUCUGGGAUUUCGCUGCGAGAGCGGGCUGGGGGGGCCGGGGGCGAGCUCUCGGUUUCCCGGCCGCCCCCCGCUGGGGCUUGGCUCCCCCCUCCCCCGCACCUCCCCGGCCCGAGCUCUCCGCGCUUCCACGCUCUCGGAAUCACGACCCCUCCCUGCCAUGUAUCCGCAAGGCAGACAUCCGGCUCCCCAUCAACCCGGGCAGCCGGGAUUUAAAUUCACGGUGGCUGAGUCUUGUGACAGGAUCAAAGACGAAUUCCAGUUCCUGCAAGCUCAAUAUCACAGCCUCAAAGUGGAGUACGACAAGCUGGCGAACGAGAAGACGGAGAUGCAGCGCCAUUACGUGAUGUACUAUGAGAUGUCCUAUGGCCUGAACAUUGAAAUGCACAAGCAGACAGAGAUUGCGAAGAGAUUGAACACGAUUCUAGCACAGAUCAUGCCUUUUCUGUCACAAGAGCACCAGCAGCAGGUGGCGCAGGCCGUGGAGCGGGCCAAGCAGGUCACCAUGACGGAGCUAAACGCCAUCAUCGGGGUACGUGGACUCCCCAAUCUGCCUCUCACCCAACAGCAGCUCCAGGCCCAGCACCUCUCCCACGCCACGCACGGCCCCCCGGUCCAGUUGCCACCCCACCCGUCAGGCCUGCAGCCCCCAGGGAUCCCCCCGGUGACGGGGAGCAGCGCCGGGCUCUUGGCACUUGGCGCCCUGGGCAGCCAGGCCCACCUGACGGUGAAGGACGAGAAGAACCACCAUGAGCUGGACCACAGAGAAAGAGAAUCCAGCGCGAAUAACUCCGUGUCGCCCUCUGAAAGCCUCCGGGCCAGUGAGAAGCACCGGGGCUCUGCAGACUAUAGCAUGGAAGCCAAGAAGCGGAAGGCAGAGGAGAAAGAUAGUCUGAGCCGAUACGACAGUGACGGGGACAAAAGUGACGAUCUGGUGGUGGAUGUUUCCAAUGAGGACCCAGCGACGCCCCGGGUCAGCCCUGCACACUCCCCUCCUGAAAAUGGGCUGGACAAGGCCCGCGGCCUGAAAAAGGAUGCCCCCACCAGCCCCGCCUCAGUAGCCUCCUCCAGCAGCACACCUUCCUCCAAGACCAAAGACCUUGGUCAUAACGACAAAUCCUCCACCCCUGGGCUCAAGUCCAACACACCUACUCCGAGGAACGAUGCCCCGACUCCAGGCACCAGCACGACCCCAGGGCUCCGGUCGCUGCCGGGCAAACCCCCUGGCAUGGACCCAAUAGGUAUAAUGGCUUCGGCCUUGCGCACGCCCAUCUCCAUCACCAGCUCCUACGCGGCCCCCUUCGCCAUGAUGAGCCACCACGAGAUGAACGGCUCGCUCACCAGCCCGAGCGCCUACGCCGGCUUGCACAACAUCCCACCACAGAUGAGUGCGGCCGCCGCUGCGGCCGCCGCCGCCUACGGCCGAUCGCCAAUGGUGAGCUUUGGAGCUGUUGGUUUUGACCCUCACCCUCCCAUGCGGGCCACCGGCCUGCCCUCAAGCCUCGCCUCCAUUCCUGGUGGGAAACCAGCGUACUCUUUCCACGUGAGUGCUGAUGGGCAGAUGCAGCCCGUGCCCUUCCCCCACGACGCCCUGGCAGGCCCCGGCAUCCCACGCCAUGCCCGGCAGAUCAACACGCUGAGCCACGGGGAGGUGGUGUGCGCCGUGACCAUCAGCAACCCCACGCGGCACGUCUAUACAGGUGGCAAGGGCUGCGUGAAGAUCUGGGACAUCAGCCAGCCGGGCAGCAAGAGCCCCAUCUCCCAGCUGGACUGCCUGAACAGGGACAAUUACAUCCGCUCCUGCAAGCUGCUCCCUGACGGGCGCACGCUCAUCGUGGGCGGCGAGGCCAGCACGCUCACCAUCUGGGACCUGGCCUCGCCCACACCCCGCAUCAAGGCCGAGCUGACGUCCUCGGCUCCUGCCUGCUACGCCCUGGCCAUCAGCCCCGACGCCAAAGUCUGCUUCUCCUGCUGCAGCGACGGUAACAUUGCCGUGUGGGACCUGCACAACCAGACCCUGGUCAGGCAGUUCCAGGGCCACACGGAUGGGGCCAGCUGCAUAGACAUCUCCCACGAUGGCACCAAGCUGUGGACUGGAGGCCUGGACAACACCGUGCGUUCCUGGGAUCUGCGAGAGGGUCGGCAGCUGCAGCAGCAUGAUUUCACUUCCCAGAUCUUCUCGCUGGGCUACUGCCCCACCGGGGAGUGGCUGGCUGUGGGCAUGGAGAGCAGCAACGUGGAGGUCCUACACCACACCAAGCCGGACAAGUACCAGCUGCACCUGCAUGAGAGCUGCGUGCUCUCCCUCAAGUUCGCCUACUGCGGCAAGUGGUUCGUGAGCACUGGGAAAGACAAUCUCCUCAACGCCUGGAGGACGCCGUAUGGAGCCAGCAUAUUCCAGUCCAAGGAAUCCUCGUCUGUCUUGAGUUGUGACAUUUCGGCGGAUGACAAAUAUAUUGUAACAGGCUCUGGUGACAAGAAGGCCACAGUUUAUGAGGUCAUCUACUAAACAAGGACUCUGACUGGGCUGUCAGACUCUGGGAGAAAAAGACUCGGCGGUGACAGGGCGACCCCGCGAGGGGCCCCGAGGCUGGCGGAGGCCAGCGGUGGGCAGCCGAGCGGUCCAGGGCUGCGCUCCGGCAGGCCAAGAGGGCGCGCCCGCCACGGUCUGGACCCCUGGGCAUGGACUCCUGUGUCUCAUGGACUCUGACGGCUGUCUCUCCUCCUCCCUGUCCACAACCCUGGCAGAUGCUACACGUAGAUUUCUUUGGAGGCUUGGGGUUCCAGCCCCCCGACAGACGCCAUCAUGAAUCUCCAUCUUUCCUUCCCCUCUCUUGCUCUGUCCCCCUGCCCCGGGUCGGGGGGGGGACACUGGAGUGGACCAGGUGUUUGUGCUGGGGGAGGGGGGGAUCUCAUUUUCCCGAUUGUGCAGCGCACAACAUUUGUGAAAAAUGUAAAUAACAGACUCCUCUAUCUCGGACUGGUCAGUGGGGGAGGAGGCCCCUUCCCACCGAAAAUGCUAGCCGCGUACUAGCCGUGUACUUCGCCUGCUGUAUUUGUAACCCACUCGUGGUGGUGGCUUUUUUGUUUUGUUUUGUUUUUGUUUUAAGGGACAUCCCCAUCUGGGAAGGGGAGGCAGGGAGGGGGAGCCAAAUGGAGAGGGAGUGGAGGGGCAGAGGAAGGGAGCUGCAGCUGGUGACCAGCCUGACCAGGAGGAGGGGGGGGUCCCUGGGACGAAUGCACCCCCCUGUGGACUUGGGAGCAGCCCAAGGCCUGUCGGGACCCGUGCAGGCUGCGCGGGCGGCCGGGCAAGGCUUGCGUGGUGGCCAGCCAGGCUGACGAAGGUCGGAUUCUCUGUGGCCGCCUGCGCUCUCCUCCCUCUCUCUCAGGGGUCCGACUCUUGCUCUCUCUUUCCUUCUCGCCUCGCUCGCUCGCUCUCUUUGGUGCGCACUUGGUUAUGGUGAUGGGAGGUGGAGGCGCGAAGGAGCUCCAUCUCUGGCCCUUCUUGAUCUCCGGACACAACCUUCAAAGGACAAAAAGUUAGAGGAAAGCAUAGCAACUCAGCUCAGGGAGCUACCAGAGAAAAAUAGCAACUGAUGUGGGUGCUUUUUUUUUUUUUUUUUUUUUUAAAUAAAAAGAAUUAGAACUGAUGUCCUUUAUAAAAAUGCCUUCUCCCCCUUUCCUGCCUCUGACCCCCUCCUCUCUCCCUAGAGGGGGAAAAGUGUAAUCAACCUGCAAGGGUUGUGAGUCUGAAGGGACAGUCUCCCCCCCGCCCACCCCGGGCAGCACAACAGGGCUGAGGGGACCAGGGGUCGGUUGGGGACACCGGUCCUGGCACUGUGGUGACUUCUUGCGGCUUUCAGUCUCUUUGGAGCCCAAACAGGUUACAGGUAGAAAAAUCGUCUCCUGCAGGUACCACUCUUUGGUACCAAAAUGUUCUGAGGUAUUAGGACUUGGGUUUAUUAUUUUCUUCUUCUUCUUCUUCUUCUUCUUGGUCUUUUUUUUCUUCUUUUAAGGAAAAGCUAAAGGCCGAUGUGAGUCCUGGUGGUGGGCUCUCCAUGGAUGUAGCAUAUGGAAGAUAAUUUUGAUACUGCAUUUUUAUGGAUUAUUUUAUAAUGUGUGAUUCCGUCUGGUGAGAAGGGAGGAAGGGGCCCCAGUGGAAACUGCUGGUCUUCAGUGAUCUUGCUCCAGUCUAGCAGCUCCCCUGAUGCGACCCAGAGGCGUGGAGAGGCCGUGGAGACCGGCCGGGUGCCCUGUACCUUUCUGAGGUGGGGGAGGGACCGUCUGGAGAAUUUCUCUCUUUCUCUGGGUCUUGGAUGUGCAUCUGCCAUGUCUUGUUAAAGGCUCUAGCCACAAGGGAGGGUGAGGGUAGAAGAAAGAUGAUUCCUGAAGAAAAAAAGAAAAUGAAAAGUCAUUGUAAUGAGCUGUUUUUAUAUUUUUAAAAGUUGCUAUUUAAA